AUUUUUUCCAACCCUUUGUUUCCAAAUGGAAUCAAUAAACCAGCAGGAGACAAAUCUAAUGGCUCUCGAACACAUUCACACUAAAUAUAAUCCGGCCGAUGGUGGUGAAUAUGUGAGUCAAAAUCGAAAGCGACGUCGAGAUGGCGGUGAUGAUGAGGAAGACGAAGAUUCGUGGCUGGAUCCGUCGAAGAGAUACUCGAUUGCUGAUUUUGUUCCCGGUACUUUACCAGAUCAUUACAUUAAACGUGGCUUGUAUAAACAUAUCAGGGCAUUCUUCGGAGAGUGCAUAGAGCGACGGUGUUUGCAAUCAUGGCAUAAAGUGCCCGGGGUGGACUUCGGGCAUCCCAUGUUGGAGGUCUACAAAGUGAAAAUCGUAAUUAAGGAUGCUGAGAGGGCGAAAGAGAUUUACGGCAUAGACCCCUCUUUCAACACCCCCAGUUUUCUGUACGGUGCCAUCAAAGUGUGCAAAGUACGCGCUACACCUGGAUGGGAAAAUAAAGGGGAGGCAUUGUUCAGUAUGGAGAAAGACAACCCACAACCCUUCAAAUUCAUAAAUGGUACAUAUGAGAUCCCCCUGUGCCUGAGGGAUUGUCCCUAUUCUGUUCUUUCGGACAGUGCAAUGGUUUUUGCUUUCAAAUUGAAUGAUGUGGAUUUAUUGUGUGCCUCAGCUCCAAAUUACAAUGAGGGUGAUCUCGCAUUUGGUAGCGAAAAAAUCAUUUGUGGGAGAAUUUAUUUUGGCCGCAAUCAUAUUUCUCAGCUCAGAGGUUCAUUUGUUGAAAGCAAACGGGUUUGGGGGUCUUACAUAACUCCUUUAAACAAAGAUGAUGAAGAUUUGAUUUCUGUCAAUCCCAUAUCUGUCUAUGUGGACUACGGUUUGCACGAUGGUGUAUUGGCCAAAGUAUUGUCUGUUCACAUCAGCGAUCCAUCCGUGACCAAUGUUUCUGGCCAUAUUUCUGCAGACUUUUGCACGCUGGGGCUGCCAACCUUCAACACCCUUCUUUUCCAAGGGAGUGGUGCCUUAGUUGACCAGGAAAAUCACACAGUUUCCCUUCAAAGAUCAUGCAUAGUUGUGCCAUCCAAUUCAUAUCUCCUCAUUGAAGUCAAACUGCAUGAUCAACAGGGGAAGCUCUUUGUGCAUGCAACUUUUCCUUUUAUGCCUUCGGAAGGAGGAGUAUUUGUCUCUGACCCCUCCAACAACAAAAUCCAAAUUCACGUCAAAUUCUAUGAUUUUCCACCCGAAGAAAUGGAUAUGAAGUAAUGCAUACCUUUCUCUAGCUUUUAUUCAUUACUACUUACUCUAUUUUUCGGGUUUGCAUAGGAUAUUUUAAUCAUACCAGGCUAUCAGCUAUUUGUAUGGUAAUGCAUCAAUGUCUUACUUGGAUGAUGAUGCUACAAUUCUCUACUGAUUUGUCCAUAUUACAACACCAAUAUUUUAAUUUCAAUAACUCCUUCUGCGCCU